UAUGCUCAGGUUAUUCAACCUUCGACUACCCACAAGUUCAUGUGCUCAGGUUCACUCUGAUAAGACUUCCGCUGUCUUACUAGUCUACCAUUCCAGCAAAGAUCCUUGGUUAAGUACCCGUAUCACAGAAGAGCAUACUCUCUCCAAUUUCCAGGCGUGUAUGUCGUCUGAGAUUUAUAAUUAAGAUCAUGGCUCUCGCUCUCCUGUGCCUCGAAUGCACGCAGCGAUUGACGUAUCGUGGAUCAGUUUCACAUUGAGGAUUGGAGGAUCGUGACCGAUUCGCCGGGACGGUUGCGCGUCCAUUCACAAGCUGUUUCUGGAAUCUGGAGUAAACUCGGAAGCAUGUGUCACUAUCCACGCUGGCCCUGCUGUACCGACCAGCUCUUCAUGAAAUUCAUGAAGUUUCGAUGAGAUUGUGGCGGAUAGGACGGGUUACAGGACGGUUCCACGUCUAUUCUCGUCGACGUUCACGUUCUCAGUCACACUCACAACCACGCGGCAACCACCGCCAAAUUAUAACCUAGGAGGAACCUACCAGCUGGUGCCAUUCAGCCACUGAAUGGCUCGUCGCGGACCUUCCUAAUCUCUAAAACGUCUAAUUUGGCAGAAUUCCGUUCACAGCCGCAACAGCCAUGCGGUGCAAAAUAGAAUUACCGCAAUUUAGAGUCUAAGAGAAGCCAACCUUCCAGUCGUCACCAUUCCGCCUUUCAUCGCUCGUCGCUGACCUUCCUAUAAGUCGCGAAAAUGUCGACUCAAAAUCCUAGCUGGGGUCAUUCAACCACUGCCGGCUAGUCGCUCACCUCCCUGUCGGUCGCAAAAUCGUCUGAUUCAGCCGAAAUCCAUUCACCGCUGACUUUGGAGUCGACUGAAAAGCCUAGCUGGGGUCGACUGACGGCGCGUAGCUGACCUCCCUCUGACGGUCGCAAAAUCGUCUGAUUCGGCUGAAUUGCGUUCCGCGCUGCUGCAGCCAUGCGGCGGCCACCGCCAAUUCAGCGCCGGGGAGGAGUGACCAACCUCCCAGCUGGUCCCACGAAACUCUCUCUCUCCUCGUCCUUCGUCACAACUGGCGGCAGCGGCGGCGGCGGUAGUGGCGCUGGCAUAUCGUUGCCUUCUCUCUUGUCGUGGAACGGAGGGGCGACAGGGGUAACAACGAGCUUAUGGCAGGCUGCUGGCACGUGGGCUCGCGGCCGAUUCGCUGCAACGCAGAGCAGCUCCAGUAGCAGCUAUCCAGAGGCUCUUAGCAGCUCGAGUAGCCAUCGCGAGGCUCUUAGCAGCCAUCGCGGGUUUGAGGCAAGAGGGUCUCUUCCAGUUUCAGUGGAGGGAGUGAUCUGUGGUGCGCUGGUGGCUGUGAUUGCCGUGCUUCUGAUUGCCUCGGCGGUCCUUCUCCUUCCAUCAGGCCCUGCAUUUGUUGCUCCUUCCAAAUUAUCUGUGGCAGAAGCUGGAGCAGGCUCACCUGUAGCGGCGGCAUCAGCUUCACAGGCGGCUGUCGUAGGAGAUGAGGUCGCUGCGGCAUUUCCCACGCCAACCGUGGCAGCAGCUGCUGCAGCAGGGGCGGCAGCAGGGGCGGCAGCAGGGACGGCAGAAGUGGCAGGAGGGGCGGCAGCCGAGCCGGCGGCAGCAAGUGCAGCUGCAGCAGAGGCGGAAGCAGCAGGCGCAAUGGCAGCAGACGAAGCAGCAGCCUUUGCCCACCCUGCAUGGCGAUAUGCGGGGUCUCCAGGGAAAAAAGGAGGGCUUUCCACGUCUCAAAAGGGAGGGUACCUGUUUGGGUGGGCGGCGGACGAUCUGAGUUACCGCGUGGGGUGGAGUGCGGCGGAUAGGAAUGCAUGGCCGGUUGUAGAGGCAGGGAGGCGGGCAGCAGAGGCAGCAGCCAAGGGAGAGAAGGCGGGGGAGAAAGCAGGAGAGAGCAGCAGUAGCAGCAGCAGCAGCAGCAGUAGCAGUGGGCCGUUUCCCCCUGGGGCGCAUAGAGUGGGUGGCCUCCUAGGUCGCAUGGGGGUCAAAGCCGUGGCAGCGUCAGGGCACACUCUAGCAGUGACUGUGGACGGAACCCUCUACUCCUUCGGCCGCAACUGGGACAGCAAGAGGCGCAAGGCAGGGCAGCUGGGGCGAAAGGGGCCGUUUGGGAGGCCAGGGAGGGUGCAGGGGGUGGGAGGGCGAGUGAGGGCGGUAGCUGCUGGGAAGUUUCACUCGGUGGCGGUGACAGAGGAGGGGUUGGUGUACACGUGGGGGUGCAAUGGGAGGGGACAGCUGGGGAGGCAGACGAGGAGCAUGGGCGAUAGGCACGAGCCUGCACCCGUGAGGGGAGGGCUGCAGAACGUGGUUGUAGUGGCAGCAGCAGCAGGGCCGCACUACUCCCUCGCCCUCUCUGCCGGGGGACAAGUCUUCACGUGGGGUCUCAACCUCUUCUCUCUUCCCGCUCCCUGGACCUACCUGCAUGACCUCUGUCACGCGCCUGCUGCUGCCACUAGCAGCAGCAGCGGCAUCAGCAGCAGCAGCAGUGGCGGCGGUGGUAGAAGCAGUAUAGAGGAAGAGUUGGCAGCAGCGGUGGCUUUGGCAGGGGAACCAAGGAGGGUGGGGGGGGCGUUGGAGGGGGAGAGGGUGGUGGAGAUAGCAGCAGGUGAGGAGCACUGGCUGGCUCUCACAGAGAAGGGCCACGUGUAUGCAUGCAGCACCGGAUUCAACGCCAGUGGAGUCCGAAUCAACCCUGCUCUGCAUGCCCCACUCCUCGCCCAACCGAUCCCCCCACCCUCUACCUCCAUCUCCUCCUCCCUCGCCCUCGCCCGCUUCACCCUCCCUCACCGCGUCACCUCCGGUCCCCUUUCUUCCGAGCAGGCAUCAACCAUAGGAGCAGCAGCAGGGGCGUCCUUUGCCGUGCUCGCAUCCUCCCAGCAGCUGUUGUCAUGGGGUUCUCCUGGGCGAAAAGGAGCGCCAGCAGCAGCAGGAGGGGGGUACCCCGGCUCUGUGCUGCUGGGACGUACACAGGGGGCAGCAGAGGAGCCGAAUGCGGUGGGGGUAGGGGAGGAGGGGAACAAUGAGCUGGUGCAGAUGGAUGGGGUGGUGCAGGUGGUGGGGGGGGUGUCGUUCGUGAUUGCCAGGACCAGCAAAGGGCAAGUCUUCUCCUGGGGCCACAACAACUUCCAUCAGCUCGGCCGCCCAACCCAACACCCCGCCGCCGACCCCCAUCCCGGUCUCGUGGGCGGCCUGGCUUGUCUGCACGUGGACACUGUAGCAGCGGGAUCGCAUCAUGGGCUUGCUUCCGGGCGGGCAGAGCGGGGACGAGAGAUAGAGGUGGUUGAGAUGGAGCAGGUGGUGAGGGACGAAUGGGAGCGAGUGAAUGCGCACGGUGGGAAGGGCGAGAAAGGAGGAGGAGCACAUGCAGGGGAAGAGCGAGGAGGAGGUAUAGCAGGCGGAAUAGGAGGAGGAAUAGGAGGAGGAGGGGGGGGGAAAAGAGGAGGAGGAGAAGGAGGAGGGGGGUCGGUGUUUCCAGUGAUGUACAACGAGCACCACAGGAGCGAGAUAAUGGAGGUGGCAGGGGAGUGGUUUAGCAAGCUCCCAGCGUCGGGGUACGACCCUGCCUUCCGCAACCCCUGCUGGAGGGACGGCUCUGGACUGCACUGCCUGCCCUAUUUCCUCGUCAUUGGGGCUCUCAGGUGUGGGGCUCGGGACCUUUACCAUCGUUUAACCAUGGCCCAUCCGCCUGCCGUGCUGCCGGCCUCUAUGGUCAACCUGGAGUGGUGGGAUAUGAGAGAGUACGACCCCAUGGACUGGUACAUGGACAAAUUCCAAGAAGCGGCUGCCAAGAUACAGGCGCACCCUGCAGCGGUGGUGGGGGAGGUGACCCCCUCGCUGCUCACCCACUCGGGCAUUCUGGCUCGUGGGCCCCACGCCCGCAGCUUCCUGCUUCCCGAGCUCGUGUUUUCUGUUCUACCAUCCGCACGCUUCAUCGUUCUCCUGCGCAACCCCAUCGACCGCUGGUUCUCCUCCUGGCUGGCCGCUAAGGAGCCGGACGAUUCCCACAUCAGCAUCAGCAUCAGCAACAGCAACGACAACGGCAGCGCAGCGGAUGUGUUUUCACGGCACGUAGACGCGGUGUUACCCGCAAUGAAAGGGUGUAUGGUGGAUCAUUCCCCUGUCUACUGCACCCGCCUGCUCUUCCACUCCUUCCCCCAUGUGUGCCGCAGCAUGUAUGCCUACUUCAUUUCGGAUUGGCUCGAAGUAUACCCUCGGAAGAACUUCCUCUUUAUAAAGUUCGAGGACUACGUAUCUGAUCCGAAGCUACACCUUAUUCAAGCAAUGAGGUUCCUUCAAGUGCCGUCAGAAGAAAUCGAUAAGAUCGCUGAGGACAUGUGGCACGACAUUACAGGCCAAGCAGUCGUGGGUGCACGGCAGCAGGGGCAAGGGCAAGAAAUACACCCUAAAACUAGAGAAGCUUUACGGGAUUUCUUUGCUCCCAUGAAUACAGACCUGGCAAAGCUGUUGAGGGAUCGCAAUUUCUUGUGGAAAUAAAGGUACCGGUAACGCAUGUGCUGUGCGCUGCUUUUCAGUAGGCCACUUCCUCUCAACUG